AUGGGGCGCAGGGGGCGUGGCCGCGGGGUUCUAGCAGCUUCCAGAGGGCGGCGCGGGAGCGGCGGGAGCGGAGCCGCGGCCAUGGAGGAGGCUCAGGAGCUGAAGGAGCGGGGGAACCGGGCGCUGGCGGCGGGGGACGUGGGGGCGGCCGUGGGGCACUACUCGGCCGCCAUCGCCCGGGACCCCAACAACCACGUCCUGUUCAGCAACCGCUCGGCCGCCUACGCGCGCCUCGGGGACUACGGGCGGGCCCUGGCCGAUGCGUGCCGCACGCUGGAGCUGCGCCCCGACUGGGCCAAGGGGUACUCGCGCAAGGCGGCCGCUCUGGAGUUCCUGCAGCGCCUGGAGGAGGCCAAGGCCACCUACGAGGAGGGGCUGGCCCGGGAGCCGGGCAAUGAGCAGCUCCUGCAGGGCCUGCGCGGGGUGGAGGCCAGGCUGGCGGAGCGGAAGCUGCUGAACCCCUUCAGCGCCCCCGACCUGCUGGCCCGGCUGGAGGCCGACCCCCGAACCCGGGGGCUGCUGGGGGACCCCGAGUACCGGCGGCUGCUGGAGACGCUGCGCAGCGACCCCGGCCAGCUGGGGGCGAAGCUGCAGGACCCGCGGGUGAUGACGACGCUCAGCGUGCUGCUGGGCGUGGAGCUGAGCGGGGCUGAGGAAGAGGAGGAGGCGCCUUCGCCGCCCCCCCGCCCCCCCCCGCCCCCCUCGCAGCCCCCCCCGGCCGAGGAGCUCCCCCAGAACAAGCAGGAGGCCCAGAAGGAGAAGGAGCUGGGCAACGCCGCCUACAAGCGCAAGGAGUUCCCGGCGGCGCUGGAGCACUACACCCGCGCCGAGCAGCUCGACCCCACCAACAUGACCUACGUCACCAACCAAGCAGCCGUGUACUUCGAGACGGGCGAGUACGAGCGGUGCCGGGCGCUGUGCGAGCGCGCCAUCGAGGUGGGCCGGGAGAACCGCGAGGAUUACAGGCAGAUUGCCAAGGCCUAUGCAAGGAUCGGGAACUCGUAUUGCGAGGAGCGCUACAAGGACGCCGUGCACUUCUACAACAUCCUGGCCGAGCACCGCACGCCCGACGUGCUCAAGAAGUGCCAGCAGGCCGAGAAGAUCCUGAAGGAGCAGGAGCGCUUGGCCUACAUCGACCCCGACCUGGCGCUGGAGGAGAAGAACAAAGGCAACGAGUGCUUCCAGCGAGGGGAUUACCCCCAGGCCAUGAAGCACUACAGCGAGGCCAUCCGGCGCAACCCGCACGAGGCGCGGCUCUACAGCAACCGCGCCGCCUGCUACACCAAGCUGCUCGAGUUCCCCCUGGCCCUCAAGGACUGUGAGGAGUGCAUCCGGCUGGAGCCCACCUUCAUCAAGGGUUACACGCGGAAGGCGGCGGCGCUCGAGGCCAUGCGCGAUUACACCAAGGCCAUGGAGGUUUAUCAGCGCGCCCUGGACCUCGACCCCUCCUGCAAGGAGGCGGCCGAGGGGCUGCGUCGCUGCGUGCGGGGGCAGCAGCAGCGCUCGGAGCCCCCCGAGGAGCUGCGGCGCCGGGCCCUGGCUGACCCCGAGGUGCAGCAGAUCAUGGGGGACCCGGCCAUGAGGCUGAUCCUGGAGCAGAUGCAGAAGGACCCGCAGGCCUCAGCGAGUCAGCACCUCAAGACCCUCUGAUCGCGCAGAAUGAUCCAGAAGCUGAUGGACGUGGGGCUCAUCGCCAUCCGGUGACCCCCCCAAAACCCC